UUAUUUAUAGGCUGAAUUUCCACUUUCUCGCGCCAAAUGUUUUUAUGCGUCCAAAAUAGAUAAAAUUCCAUAAAAAAACAUACACUUUUCACAUAUAAAACUCAACUCACAUGCAAAGCAGCACUGCCACAUAGGGUGCGAUAAUUAAUGUUAGUGACAUCAGAAGCAACGAACACUCUUCCAUCUACAGUAAAAGUAUUCUAACACACACAAAAGCGGCGCACCCCCUGGAGCGCCACACAAGCAAAUCAUGAGACUUCUUUACGUUUUCGCGCUCAUUUUGGCCGUCCGUUUGGCAUCGGUGUUCGUAGUGAAGACCUACUAUGUGCCGGAUGAGUAUUGGCAGAGCUUGGAAGUGGCGCACAAGCUGACCUUUGGCUAUGGCUAUCUGACCUGGGAAUGGGUUCAGGGCAUACGCAGCUAUAUAUACCCUCUGUUAAUUGCUGGUGUCUAUAAACUGCUUGCUUUGCUGCAGCUAGACAGCGCAGAAUUGCUGGUGCUGUUGCCACGCAUCCUGCAGGCCAUACUGAGCUCCUAUUCCGAUUAUCGAUUCUAUGUGUGGACGGGGAAGCGAAAGUGGGCGCUGUUCUUGAUACUUGUGCCCUGGUUCUGGUUCUACACUGGCUCGCGCACGCUGGCCAACACUCUGGAGGCUUCCCUGACCACCAUUGCACUGAGCUAUUUCCCCUGGUAUGGCGAGGGCAGUGCGUAUCUGUGGCUGGCGGCCAUAUGCUGUUUCCUGCGUCCCACAGCCGCCGUCAUCUGGCUGCCUUUGGGCAUCUAUCACUUGAGGAAAAGUCGCAUUUCCGCUGUGGAGCUCAUUCUGAAGCGUUUUGUCGUGAUUGGUUUGAUUGUGGCUUCUGCCGGCAUAGCCAUAGACACUUAUUGGCAUGGUCGUCUGAUUGUGACGCCCUAUGAGUUCCUCAACUACAACAUCUUCCACAAUAUUGGCAGCUUUUAUGGCUCGCAUCCCUGGUACUGGUACUUCACAGUUGGCCUCCCCACAGUGCUGGGCAUUAACACGCUCCCCUUCCUCUAUGGUAUUAUGGAAACGGUGCGAAAACCGGAGAAGUUUCCCAUUUGCAAGCAGCUACUCAUCACCAUAUUCUUGACUCUGGUUGUGUUAAGCACUGUGGAGCACAAGGAGUUCCGUUUUGUAUCCUCACUCCUGCCACUCUGCUUGUACGUGAGUUCCGAAGCUUUGUCGCGUUUGAGUUAUCGUGCUUCCCGUACCGUUCUCUGGACCAUUGCUCUGGUGAUCCUUUUCGGUAAUGCCCUGCCCGGUUGGUAUCUGAGCACUGUACACCAGAAGGGCCCUAUUGAACUGAUGCCCAAGUUGCGGCAGAUUGCACAGGAGUACAAGGACGAGCGGGAACAUCGCGCCAGCAUACUUUUCCUCAUGCCUUGCCAUUCGACGCCGUACUACAGCCACAUUCACGAAAACGUCACCAUGCGCUUCCUCACCUGCGAGCCGAAUUUACAAAAGCAGGACAAUUAUAUUGACGAAGCUGAUCGCUUCUUUGACUCGCCAAAGAGCUGGCUGAAUUCCCACAUACCCGUCUAUCCGCGCACUGCUCUACCCUCACAUGUAGUGCUGUUUGAUUCGUUGGCCGACAAGAUUAGCGAGUUUCUGGGCAACUACAGGCUGCUACACACCAUUGACCAUGCGGAGGUAAAUAAAUUGGUAGACUCUCAGGCGCUGGUCAAUGAGUGGUCCAGUGCUGUGGGUGCCACGCCUCCUAACAUUGCCUCUAUUCUGCAGCGGUUGCAAGCCCGUACGGGCAAGUCCAUCAAGGUCUAUCAGCGGCUGCGAGCCGGUGAGGAGAAUACCUAUAAUCGUGAGGAGUUUCAAGCAGCCGCAGAACAGCCCGAACAAUUAGAUGAUGUUGGCAUAUUGAGUGAAAAUCAAUUCAAUUAAUAGCACCGAUAUUGAAUCGGGACAAAAGUACUUUUACAGGAAAGACUUGAUCUUAAAGCCAAUCUAGCCCUCCGUUCAAAGCAAGACACAUCGCAUUAAUAAGCAAUUAAAUACAUAUAUUUUUUCUAAA